GGUAUAAUCGUGACGUCAAAGAUCAACAGAUCGGAUUACUCCAUCUCAAGGCGCGGCUAGUUUCUUUGUUUUACACAGAGUUUAAAAUGGACUUGGACCCAAGGCUUUUUAACAUUUGCCGAUGGAUUGGAUUCAGAGGCGACAGAUUUAGAGGUUAAGGAUGAAAGUUUACAUCUUCAUUUUUCAUCAGGAGGCGAAUCAGAGCCAAAAUCUGUGUUAUCAGCAACACCCAAGACAAAGAAAAGAACAGCCACAUCAUUGCAAUCUACAGGUUUAAGGAAAUCUCCUAGAAAACCUGCCAAAGACAGGCUCUAUGAAACUCUGCAGCUUUCUUGAUGUGAGUCUGGAGAUGAAGAUGAACCCCAACAUGAUCCUCCAGCACAAAAGAAAAAGAAAAGUAUUGAGUGUACAACAGCAGUCCGAAGGUCUCCAAGAAAAGAUUUGAAGGACAAGAGUGCAUCAUGGAGUGCAGUGAAGGACUCUUAUUUAAAUGGUCAACAGACGGAUUUGAAAUGGAACUACGGUACAGCAAAAGAUUCAUGGAUGAAGAAAAUGUACCACUGACAGUAUUUAUGAGGAACAGUGUACAAGGGAUUGCGCCAGAUGAAAGAAUUGACAUCAUAGAUGCUGCCAUUAAAAGAUAUUUUACAUCCAAAAAGGAGGCUAACAAUAGGCACAAUAAGAAUAAAGAAGAGUUAAAUAAAAAGAGGCAAGCAACAUAUGAAAGAAAGAAAGAGAAAUUGAAGAGGAGACUUGUUGCGGUAGAGAAGACGGGAUGGUCCGAGGAGAAGAAAAAUAAAGUUAGAACAUUUUUCCAGCUACCAUAUGCUCACAAAUAUAUGAGCAGUGAUGAGGAGGGAGAUGAUGGCUUUGUGUCCCAUCCAUAUUCCUGGGAGAGUGAGGAAUUACAGAAAGUUACAGGAAGUCUGGACAAAAAAUAUUUAGAGACAUGUCCUCCACGUAGCAAGAGGUUAUUGUCCAAAAAAGUAGCGGGUCUCUAAGAGAAGAAGAGCCACCUAAAUUGAACAUUAUUCAUGCAUGGACUUUAAACAUGUGAAUUGCAUGUUAAAAUAUGUUCUUAACAUGUAAUAUUUUUUUUAUUUUUUGACUAUGUGAUGCAUAUGCAAUUUCUUUUUUGUAACACCACUUUUUCAUUUGUACACAUAUUUAGUCUUUGAAUCUGAAGUGCCACAAAGAUCUGUAUUGGGACCAUUGUUGUUUAUAUAUAUAUGUGUUAAUGAUAUUGCAGAUAUACAGAUUAUUUGCGGAUGAAAGUUCUCUGCAGCAGUCAUUCAAAUCUGUUAAAUUUUUCGAAGACAAUUUCAAUUAUGAUCUUUAGGUUCAGAAAAUGACCUUUGUAGUUCAAUUCUUUUAAAACAAAAUUUGAUACCAUUGAUACAAUAAGAAUUGUUCAAAUUAAGCAUAUCUUUACACAAAAUUCAAGAUAAUGCAUUCUAUCAUAAAAUAUAUCAAAAAUAUUUUGUUAUGCAUCCCAGCAUGUUUGAAAUAUCAAUGAUUUAUUGUGUACAAUUUGUUUUAUAUUGUUAUACAUGUCCAUGUACAUUAACCACCGUUAUUGUGGUAUAUAAUCAUACAUUUGUGAAAAAUAGAAAUUAAUAAAUUGACUAUUGAUAUUUGAA